AUGCAGAAAUGCUUUUUCAAGAGAAUCGGAAACCGCGUUCUGAUCAUCAGUGGCCCUGUGGAGCCAGUGCUGCUGCGUUUUCAGACACUCCUUGCAAAUGCACUUGCGAUGUUGCAGUUGGUCCAUUUGAUCGUUGCCAAGAAGUUUCAUCAUAAGUUCAAUGAACUUGCACUGGCGGUUCCGGUGGAUUCAUCCUUGCGCCCCCCGAAUUUGCAGGAGGAUAUGCAGACUGCAGAACAGCCACGUCCUCGUGCCCAUCAACCUCCGGUCACUCCCAAAAAGAUUGACCCGAAGCCGCCUCCCAAGAAGACAGGGACGCCUACACCGGUCAAAAAGGAUGAUCGCUUAAAGGUUUUGCCUGACACUCAUGAAGCUCUUCAGGCAUGGAAGGAUGUCCUUGUUGGUACCCCUUUCCUGCACAACAUGAUUCCUCCUAUGCAGAUGCCUAUCCAAGCAUCCGCUGAUGCGUGUGCAACUGAAAAGAAUGCUGGUUUGGGCGGAAUCUUGCGAAUCAAUGGACAAGUCGAGUAUGGAAUGACGAAGCUGAUGCGCUGA